AUGUUGAAAAAAUUCUUCUCGAGCACAGCUUUUCAGAUCAGUCUUGAAUCGCAGCUACAGCAACAUCGCUUAUUCUCAACAACAGCAUGCGUCGCUUCGAAACGCUCACAGCUACGAAAGCCCAACUAUUCGAGUUUGAGUAAACACCUACGGCCUGAUGGGUUGAAUGGACGAGAACGACGUAAUGUGUUACGAGCCAAACUCAAGGAAAGCCGGCCAAAGUCUUCAAAGGCACCGUAUAUUCCAGUAGCUCGACGAUUGGAAGCCAUUCCUGGAACAGCACCCAAUCAGCAACAAGAAACCGUAUCCCAGCUAUCAGCAAGGUUGGCGACACAAACGUUUGAUGAUCUUGGACUACAAGCUGGUGUGAUAGAUGCAGUGCGUCAAGGCCAUUUGAAGCAUGUACAAGAUGCCAGGCCGAGUGAGAUUCAAGCAUUGGCUAUUCCCCCCUUGUUGAAACCCGAGCAGCAUCGAAAUGUGCUUGUGGCAGCAGAGACUGGAUCUGGCAAGACGUUGGCUUAUUUGUUGCCAGUGAUUGAUCGAUUGAAGCAAGAUGAAAAGAAGCAACGUCGUCGAUUGGAUCAUCCUCGAGCGAUUGUACUUGUACCAACACGUGAACUUGUGAAGCAAGUAGUACAAACGGCAAAGUCAUUGGCGCAUAUCACCAAGUUCAGGGCAUUGGGUGUUGAUAGCAAAGUCAAGAGACGUCGAUUGGCAGAACAACUUGAACAGCCUGUGGAUGUAUUGGUAGCAACGCCAACAACCUUGUGCAGUCUCGUACGUGAUGGUACUUUAUCUUUGGCUGAUACACGUCAUUUGGUGGUGGAUGAAGCGGAUUCUCUCUUUGAUGCUGGUUGGGGUGACGACGUACGCUUUAUUCUUGAUCGUGUGGGUACAGCACAAUGCAUUAUUGUCUCGGCAACAUUACCUCGUUCAGUACAUCGAACCUUGGAUACUUUAUUUGGAGAGCGACUCUUAAAGUUAACAACACCCUCGUUGCAUCGUGCAUUGCCCAAUUUGAAGCAAUCAUUUGUUGACUUGGCACGCUUUAAUGGGAAUCGGCAGCUGGCACUGCUGGAUGUGCUGAAAAGGAAUAUCAAGGAUGAUAAGACGCUCGUCUUUUGCAACACACGCAAAUCGGCACAGUUAUUACAUGAUUGGCUGGGAUCGAAGGAUAUGCCUGUACUCGCCUUACACAAGGAUGCAGAACGUAGCGAGAUUCUAAACCGAUUUGCUUGCCAAGAUGAGAGUGGGUUACCAGGUGAUAAUGUUCUUAUCAGCACAGACAUCGCUUCACGUGGCAUUGAUACAACCUUUGUGGAUCAUGUGGUUCUCUAUGACUUUCCUUCAUCCGUGGUGGAUUAUUUACAUCGAGUGGGUCGUACGGCAAGAGCUGGAAGAACAGGCAAGGCGACAUCCUUAAUAGGACGCAAGGAUAAAAUGAUGGCGGAUAGAAUUAGAAGGUCCAUUCGUGAAGGAUCCGUAUUAUCAUAA